AUGAUUUCUCGCUAUGCCGCCUCGGCGGCGCGCGUCAUAAAGGUAUCGGCUCGCGCUGGCCCACCGUCAAAAGCAGCACUCUCACUGACACAAGCUGCCAUUGGACGUGUAAAAUAUUUGUUAAGCCAGCGUCCUGAGAUGAAGGCACUCAAGAUAAGCGUAAAACAGCGUGGCUGUAACGGGCUAACGUACACUCUUGAGUAUGCACAAAAGAAGGCAAAACUUGAUGAAGAAGUCGUCCAGGCAGUGAAAUGGAUUAUAUUCAAGACCGGCUAUCAUCCGAAUUUGUCUUUCGUAGUCCGAACAUCAAAGGCACUUGUGGCUGCGGCGAAAGCUUUAGCAUAUAAUUGUGAUAUGUACCGGUUAUGUACCUACAUCUUCUAG